UGGUUUAUUUAUAUUAUUUAAUAUUAGAAAAUGUCAUUUCCAUUCCUUCACAUUAAUCCUAUUCGCGAUUUAAAUUUACUAUUGUGGUAACAGUUGAUACUUUCCUACAGCGCGUUCCUAAAUUAUCUUUUAUGAAACUGUAUUCUUCGUGCUUAUGCGUUAAAUUGUAUUUUGAAUUUAUCCAAUUAUUUGGGACAUCAAACGAAGGAAUGGGAACAAAAAUAAUAACAAUUAAUUAAGAUUUUUAAUUAUAUGAAGUAUAUUGUAAUUAAAUGGUUUUAUGUUUUACGUGAUGUACAGUUAUAUUUUUUUUUUAAAUCAAAAUUAGUGCUAAUAGAAAUUAAUUUAUUAUCAAUGCUGUUAAUUCUUGGUGUUAUCUAUAAAAACUCAUUCGUUCUUUGAAUGAUUUGUCAUGAAUUCUAGUAACAGAAGAGUUCAAAACAAAAGCAAGGUUAUGGUCAUGGAUAAAAGUGAAGUUAUCUGUAUCUCAUCUGGCGAUGAAAAUGAAAUGAUAAACGAUAAACAAAAACCUCAACCUUGGAACAAUAAAGCUAAUAAGUUUAAUUUUGUAAAUGCAAGCAAAAAAAUUAAAUGUAAUAAUCAAAAACAAGAUAUAGUUAAUAAAAAACGUAAAAUAUCAGAAAUAGAUGGGACUUCUGAUGAAAAGGAUAAUGGUACAGAUAAAAGGAUAAAGACAGUAUCAUGUCAAGAAACUAAUAGUGUCAUUGCGAAAGAUAGUUGUAAACAAAAUGGUGUUGAAACGCAAAAGUAUUCGUCUGUACCUGUAAGUAAAAAAAUAGUAAAGCCGCAGUUGAUUAUUAAGGAGAAGAAAAAUAUUUCCCUUCCAGAACAAGAUAUAUUUCCUAGUUUUUUAAGUUUGUGUUUACAAAAAAGACGAGAACCCGCAAUGGAAAUAAUAGUUAAUAAACUUAAAAGACGGUAUGAGCAAAUGAACCCUGUUUAUGCAAAAUCUGAAGCUUUUCAAAAUUUUUUGAACAAUAAGCGCAGCGCCAUUUUGUCUUCCGAUAAUAUGAUAUUUCAACAUAUUAUGGAUGUCAAAGUUGAGAUGAAAAAGAAAUCUAACAAAAAUUCAAAAAGUGCUUUACAAAUUGAAACGAAUAAAACUAAUGUUUGUGAGGAUCUACCAUCGAGUUCUAAAGCAUCUUCAUCUUCAAUUAAUUUGAAUAAUAUAAAAGAAGCAGAAACAGAUGAAGAAGGUUUUAAUGAUGAUACCAUGAAUCCUGUUAUGAAAAGAAAAUUGAAGAAAAUAAAGAAAGUAAUGAAUAUGUGUAGUAAAAGAAUCAAAAUAUUAGAAGAGUCUGAAGUAAACUUCGAUGAUGAAGAUAACAGCAACUUUAUUAAGCUCGAAAAAUAUAAAGAAAGAAUGGUCAAAUUGUAUAAUGAAUAUUGUCGCAUAACGGGUGACAAUCAAGAUGCAGGUCGUUCAUAUUUAAGACCCAAGCAUUUAAAUACAACUCAAAUUAGUAGCGUCGAUUAUGCAAUUACCAAUUUCAUAAAUGCAAAGAUCACUAAAAGAAACAAAUUAAAAAAGAGUGGCAGAUUUACGGAUGAUUUAAUAUUUCCAGAUUACAGAGACAUAUUGAAAUGUGUUUCCAGUUGUAAUGAAAGAAAUAAUUUAGGAUUAACUGCAAAAAAGCGAGCUCAAAUCGCCAAAAAAGCUUUUACUGAUUUGGGAGAACAUUUACAACGUGCUAGGCGUAUUGAUUACUGGGAUACAUUUUCUUUAUUUUUGGAAAAUAAACAAGAUGAUCCAGCAUUAAAAGACUUAGAACUUGCUCAAAAAUUACGUAAAAAUCAGGAGGUCGGUCAACAGAAGCUAACUCAAAUAUUUCAAGAUUUUGUGAAAAAACAAGAAGAAAUGAACUCGCCAGAAAAGAAAACAAAUACAGAAAAUGGUGAUAACGAAGACAGCGAUAUAGAAUCUAAAGAUGAAGAUGAAAACAGUGAUGUAGAAUCUAAAGAUGAAGAUGAAAACAGUGAAGAGGACGAUGAAGAUAAGGAUGAGAAUAUAGAUAACUCUUUAGAAGAUGAUGAAAAUGAAAAUAAAGAUGAUUAUGACAAUGACAAUGAAAAAGAAGAUACUGAAAAUAAACAAAUUAUUAUUAACAGUGAAUCAAAUGAAAAUGAAAUAAAAAGUAAUUCCCCGGAAAAUGAGACUAGAUUAGAGAAAGAUUUAUCAAAUACAUGUAAAGAUAAAGAUAAUAGAGAUACAGAAAUAACAAAUGUAAAAGAAGUAUUUGAGUCUUUUGAAAAGGUGAUUGAAAAAACUAGUCCAGCGACAGAAUCAGAAAUAUCAGUAAUUCAACAAUCAUUCACAUUAAAUAACAAUGAUAUGGAAGAUAAAAAUGAUGAAAUAAUACCACUGGAUGAUGAUGACUACAAUAAAACAACGGCAGAUAACAAACCUAUAUUACGAGUACGUUCAUUUGCAAAACAUCCUACAACCUGGGAAGAUAACAAACAGAAAAUUCAAAAUGCAGAAAACGGAUCAUCGAAAGAAGUAAUUGAUCUUACUAAUGACGUAGCUAUGACAAAAGUAAGUAUACCUAAUUAUAAAGUUAAAACGGCAAUAUUUCCUUCGAUAACUAAAAAAUACAAAGGUUUCUUGAUGCCCGCAAAUUUGACAAAUAAAAGUCUUAUUAGUGUUAAAAAUAUUACUAAUAAUUAUUUAAAAUUAAAUCCAAGUAAAGUAAAUAGUUCUAAUUUGAAACCCAUAUCUAUAGUAAAAAAAGUAGUUGAUUUGAGUUCGUGUAAUACUAUUGUACAUUUACCACAUUCUUCUGGUCGACAAAAUAUACGUAGUAAAGAGAAUAAUAACGAAACAAUAAAAAAACAAAGUUUUGUGCAUGUUAUUAUACCAACGGAAGUAUAUAAUAAAAAUUCAGUAGGAGUGCCUGUUAAAAAGAAUUCAGAAAAUAAGCCAAAAUGACUUAAAACAAAACAAAUAUACCUUGAUUACUUUGAUAAUAUGUAUGAUCUAACAAUACUUAUAAUUAGUACAUAUGCUUUAGUGUUGAGUAUUUUAUAUGUGUAUUUAAAUAUUAAAAUAACUGUAUUUAUAUGUAGAAACAAUACAAUCAUGAAUUGAAUAAUAAAUUUAAAAGUAAUUAA